AUGAACAGCACAACGUCUCCCAUUCCGGGCGACAAUAUCAGCCGGUACGCGGGCGCCCCCGCUCAUAUCCCGAAAAUGGAGUUGGAUACUAUCCAGCAUCCCGGGCUUCCUUGGGGAUCCGAUAAGCCAUCUCCCUCAGCGUUGGCUCCUCGACGACCAUGGUAUAACCCACGUGGUUGGUCGCCACAAGCGAAAUUGUUCGCAGGCAGUCUGUGCAUUGCGGUCGUGAUUGGGGUCAUUGUUGGUACUGUUAAGUGGAGCGAAUUAAGCCGAUACCCAGACUACUCUCCGUUGAACUACCGGCUCGUCGAUACCUACGCGGGGACAUCAUUCUUUGACCAGUUCCAUUACUUUUCCGACCCAGACCCGACGUAUGGAUUUGUCCAGUAUGUGAAUGAGUCAACCGCUCUAGCCCUAAAUCUUACAUAUGCCACCGACCUCUCUGCUACGAUCAAAGUCGAUACCACGCGCAAGAACCCCAUCUCUGGCCGACAGAGCGUCCGAAUUGAGUCGAAAGCUACGUACGACACGGGGCUGUUUCUUUUUGAUAUUCUGCACUCCCCCUAUGGGUGUGGAACCUGGCCUGCCCUUUGGCUGACGGAUGGCUAUCACUGGCCCGUGAAUGGUGAAAUCGAUGUCCUUGAAGCUAACAACAAGGCCACGGAUGGGAAUGAAAUGACGCUUCAUACCACGGCCGGCUGCAGUAUGGACGUCAGGCGCAAGCAAAGCGGCCAAACUGUGUUCACUACCUGUGACAACAGCACCAAUGGCAAUGCAGGCUGUGGUGUGCAGGGCCCGGCCCUUUCCUACGGGAAGGAAUUCAACGACAACGGUGGCGGUAUAUACGCCCUUGAGCUCCGCGCCGCUGGUAUCCGAGCGUGGUUCUUUCCGCGCAACUUGAUUCCUGCCGAUAUCACAAAUGGGAGCGGGACCCCUGACCCAUCAUCAUGGGGACUUGCCCUGGCAGACUUCCCUAAUACGAGCUGUGACAUUCCGUCGCACUUCAAAAACCAGAGUAUUAUUGCCAAUAUCGAUCUCUGCGGUCAGCUCGGGGCGAAUGCGCAAUUCUACACAACCCUGUAUGGUUGCCCGGGGGAGUGCAAGGACUUUGUCGCUCAUAAUCCUGGCAACUUUACCGAUGCGUACUGGGAGUUUAGCAGUUUCAAGAUUUACCAAGCUCUUUAGGCGUGGAUUUUCUUUUAUUUUUCUAGAUUUUUGACGCGGGAUUGGGUAAUAGUCUAAUGGGAUAUACACUCCGACUGAUCUUUAGGUUAUGUAUUUCAC